CGCAAAGGGAAAAGGGGGAGGGGGGUAGUAGGGGGACACAUGCUUAGGAGUUAGGAGUCAAAAUCGCAUGCGACGAAAAUCGAUGGGGAGAAGUAUACCACUGUCGUUUUCACUUUUGGCCUUUUUUCUUUUUCAUUACAUUACACCUUCCACCGGUGGUAACUACCUACCACCUACCUAUGUAUCUUAUUAUACCCGGCUACGAGGCCGCCGCCCAGAACAAAAAGCAAAAACAAAAACCAACCUCAACGGGACGGCACAAGAUCAGCCAAAACGCAAGGAGAAAUGGAGGAGUCGAGUUCAACAAAUAUAUCUAGCUUGCGAGGAGAAGGAGAAGGAGAAGAAGAAGAAGGUGAACUCGCCUAAGGAAAACAAGAAAGAACAAGAUCGGAAAAGAUGUAAUGAAGUUGGCACGAGGAAAUGGGGAAAAAAAAAAGAAAAAACCCCUUGUACGUGUAUACAUGUCAGUUAUUCAGAUCGGAUCAGACGUCAGACGUCGCUGUAACGGAAUGGGACGAGCAAUUCUAACCUAAUCCCCCGCGACAUUCAACUUUCCCUCUUUCCCUCUUUCUCCCCCCUUCUUCUCCCUACG